CGUACGGCGCGUUCCUGACCGGUGUCACGCUGCCACCUUUAUUGUACCUGCGGUCCCCUCUUCCCACCACACUAAUCGCACCCAGAGCAGUAUUUCAACAGGUUCUUGCAUAUUUUGUAGAGCUCAAAGAUUCUCUAUAUAACGAAACAAACUUUGAAGUCAACAUCAUGCAACCCUCCUGUGGAAUGAUUUUCAUUUGUCUGCUUGCAAGGCUGCAAUGGAACAAAAGCAAUGCUGAGGGCGGAAGAGUAAAUGAAACAAAUCAUGGAAGUAGCUCAAUUACAGAUAACAAUCAGUCUACAGUGCAACCAGCUUCACAGAGAUUUGUUCUGCCUGUGACUACUGCCAGAAAUCCUUCUACCGUCAGCCAUACUGCACCAACUGCCAACACCAAAGGAAAGGUAACAAGAACAGAGACGAGCAGUUGGCCAAACGGCACGCCUCCGAGGUCCACUGAUGGCACCACUUUACCUUCCAAUGUCCCUAUGGUAUCAAAAGGUGUAGUAAAUAAAUCUGUCACAAACUUCAACAGAAUCCAAAUGUCUUUAGCGACAUCUACAACUAUGGGAGACUUUUCCGGAGUGACCAAAAGUGCUGCAGGUACUUCUACUUCCACAGCAACGCCAAGUAACUCCCCGGUUACCUACAGUACUCCUUUGGCUGCGGUGCUCCCCAGUGAUAACGCGUCAGUGAACCCCACCGCGUUGUUCCCCACUGGUAUCACUCUGACAUCACCCACGGUGAAGCGGGACAGUCCUACAUCAAAUGUCAACCCCAUUCCGCAGACAACAGAGCUGAAUGAUAAUUUCAGCAGCUCUUCUACUGCAUCAUCUAGUUCAAAAGAUGCCAAUGAAGACAAAACCAACAAAGGAGGAGUAAUAGUUGGUGUCAUUGUAGGAGCCAUUUUGGGAUCUAUAUUAAUUGGUCUGAUUGGAUAUUUUAUAUGUGGCAAGAAAAGGUCUGAGUCAUUUUCCCACAGACGGCUUUAUGAUGAUACACGGAAUGACCCAGUUCUCCACUUAGACAACUCACUUGGACCAUACAAUACGAGUAUCAGAUGUGCACCUGAUGACAAAAGCAGCACAGCAGACAAGGGAGAGGAAGACAACGCAGGGUGCCCGUCCGAUGGCAUUCCUAUGGCUGACAUGACACCAUCCCACCCUUCACCGUAAUGUUUACUUCAGACUAUCCUCCCACUUGUUACCUACAUGCUUUUCUUUUUUCUAAAAUGACCUGGCAGCUGUUAUCUUACGGCCAUUAUUGUGCAAAUAAUGUUUUGGAAAGCAAGGGAAAAAUCACAAGAUCACUGAUAGCAGAGCAUCACUCUUCUAUGUUGUAAUGAAAUGAUCAACUUAUGCUUUUCCUGGAAGGAUACUACACUUGCUUUCUUAGGCAUAAUAUAGACAAAUAGCACCCAGGGAAAAUUCUACGGUGUGUAACUUUGGUCGAGAACGCAGCUAUGUAACAGAGCAAAAUUUGACUUGGGUUGCAAUGAUAUUUGAGCAUCAAUACAAAAAAAUCCCAAGUUUAACUACCUUGAGGUGAAACUGUUCUGUCCAAACAGAAUUCCCAUCUGAUAAAUGAUUCAGGGCAUUAUUUUCCCCACUCUACAUCUGUACUUUCCUCAGUGAAUAUGACAAAAAGAAUUAGAUUUACUUGGGUUACUCAGAGGCUGAAGUUUGCUGGGGAGAAUGGAACUACUGAGUAACACGUACGACAUUUAACCUUUGACUAUGAUGACACAGAGUUAAAAUCACUAUUAGAGGGACAAAAAGACGACAAGCUUCUAUUCCUCUAUCUGUUGUUUGCAUUGCAGGCUAGACCUGUAGCAAUGAUGUCAAAGGUUUUGGUACAGGUCAGAUAGAAGAAAUACUUACCUUACAAUGACAGGAAAGAAAUUAUCUCUGCCAUGUAUAUAGAUAACCUAAAAAGCACGCUCCUGUUUUGUCCAGCUAAAGAGUAAAAUUAUGGCAGCAUAAUGCAAGUAAUUGCAUAGUUUAUCCAUUUGCAAUUAUCAGAAACGUCUAAAUAGAAAGCAAGAACAUGAAAAAGACACAGGUGUAAAGGUACUGAAUAAACAGCAUAAAGUGCAAAGAAAAUAACCGCUCACAUGGGAUACAUGCUCUUUACUACAACUGUUAAAAUGCAUUAUUUAGUGUGGAGACUGUGGAUCACGUUGAUGGAGUUAUCUCACUGACUGUGAACGUUGCAAUGAGGGUUCGUUCGAUGGGUUAGUGAAUUACACGCCUGCACACGCCAGAGAGAGAAACAAUCACACUACAGAUGAGUAAAAGGGGUAUUUAAUUCAAAGUAUUUAGAAGAUUAAAGAAUUGAGUGCAUAUGUGCAGUGCUGCCAUUCCUACAGGGGUCAGGCAUGAAAUCAGCACGCUUCCCACCAAAUCCAGAACCUGACUUCUAACACUGUAUCCAGUACGUUGGAUAGCAGGCUGACAAUCUGAGACACAUGCACCUGUACGAGGUGAGAGUAUCAGUCUGCUGCUUGAAAUUAAGAAAAACGUAAUGCUCAGCUUUCUUCUUCCUUUGUACAUGUUAUGCCAUCUUUCCUGAUAAUGGUAAAGCUGUAUCAUAUAAGCAAAAUUCCUCCUUAUACUUAAACCUUGCCCUCAGCUGAAAAUGGAAAGAGCUCUCUCUAGGGAGACCUUGAGGACAGAGAUGAAGAGAUGCUAAGAAGCUACCAGCUUUGUUUACGUCAGUAACCACAUAACCAAGUGCAAUGUAUUUUAGGAAUUUAUGAAACUAAUUAUUAGUAAUUGCAAGGCUGUAACAGCAAGAUUAGGAUCCAAUGAAGAAAUAUCACUGAGGCAAGCAAUCAAAGUGUACCUUUCAGCUAUAUUUAUAUUGUGUUAAUUUUUACAACCUAAUUACAAUUUUUGUGUGCGUGUGCUCAUUUUGCUCUUUAAUCUGUUGCUGCUGUUUGUAUUUUUUUUUUUGUUUUUACCAGGCCAGCCUCUAAAAUUUGUGACAUUUGUUCACUUUUCGCUUUAAGUUAGAAUCAUUAAUGUUUAUUCAUACAUAUUACAUAAAUAAAGCUGUUGCGUGCCAUUUGACUCUAA